GGCGGGAGUUGGAGCAUCGUGGGACAGGCUGAGGGCGGACCGCUUCGGUGAACCCAUCGGCGAGCGGGCACGAUGCCGCGAAGUCAGUCUCGAGUGUUUGAGGAUGGGGGGGAGGACAAGAAUCGGAAGGCGCAGAAGAAGUGUUGCGUGUACAAGUACAUCCGUGUGGGACAAAGUCUCGGCGAGAGAUUCCGCGGCAAUCGCAUGUUGAAGUGCAUUUUCUACGGCCACGAGUUCCAGGGCAACCAGUUCGUGGCGGCGCGCCAUUUCCGCCAGGGCAAGGGAUGUCCGGAAGUGAUCGACGAGGCACUUGUCGACAUCCACUACAACAGUGAGUACAAGAUGUCCGACAAGUUCCUAGAGCGGAUCCAGCGAUUUGAGGAGUUUCACGGUGCGGCGCCUGCGACGGAUCCGCGACGGGACGAGGGGGGGGAGGGAGAGAUGAGGGACGCAGAGGAGCAGAUCAACGUGGAAGACGACGUCGAGGAGGUUGCACGGGCGGGUUCGUCAGGGAGGGAGCGAGGGAAGGGAGUUGUCAGCGAGCCGGGGGGGCAGCAGGGCCAGUACUUUGCAUCGGCGCACGUGUCUGUUCGUACACGGGCAGGUGCGGAUACGGCUGAGGCGGGUCUGUCUGCGGGGAAGAGGAAGGAGAGAGAGGAGGGGGCCAAACCGACGGCAGCACAGAAGAGGAUAAGACAGAACACGAUCACGGAGUCGUUCACUUCAAAGUGGCAGAUGGAGUUCAAGAAGAAGUGGCUGCGUUGUUUGGAUUUUCCGGGACCAAUGAAGGUGUUGUGGCCUUCAAAGAAUGAGAUCGCGGACAUAGAGACCAUUGUCCACACGGCGGACGAUGUGGGAGCUGCUCUCACGGAGGUGUUCGAUAACUUCUCCCCUAAGUGGGUGAACGCCAUCUGCACCGACUCCGCCUCGGCGUACGUCGCCGUGGCGAACAUGCUCCAGGGGCCCCAGCGGAGGCCAGAGCAUCGACGGAUCACGUGGCUCUCAUGCGCAGUGCAUGUCUGCAACAAGAUGUUGUCAGACAUUGGCUGUUCGGGCCCGUGGUCCAAGGACAUCAUCGUGAGGGGGAGAGCGGUGGUGCGCUUCAUUAAGGAGCACGGCGCCGCUCUCCAUAUCUUCCGGGGGGAGAGCGGUCAGAUGGGCCUCAUCUAUCCUUGCGAGAUACGUUUCGCAUCCGUGUUCGCAAUGGUGGAGCGUUUGUUGGCAGUGAGGUCAGCUUUGGAGAGGACGAUGGAUGGCGAUGCUUGGGGUAUGGUCCCUUGGGACCAUUUCGUUCGUCAUUUGGCUAGGUGGGUCAGGUGGCACGUGCGACAUGGCAGUUGGGAUUCCAUGGGCAUCGUGUUCCGUAUCAUGGUGCGUGUGUACGACCUGCUGCGCAGGUUGGACCUCGGAGGGCUGCAUAUGUCGCCGGUGGUUGAGUGGACACAGGAUCUGGCCCGCCAGGUAGCAGAGGAGGUUCGUGCACUUCCGGCAGAUCUUGCACACUACAUUGUGCAAAGGGUGCACGCUCGAUGCGCUCACAUGCUGGAGCCGGCGCACGCCGCUGCUCACCUUCUCUGUCCCAGCCGGCGGGACUUGCGGUACUUCGAGGGCGUGGUCAGUGACUACGACUGCGCCCCGCAGUUGCAGGCUAUCGCUCUUCAUGUGAUGUACAUGUGGACGUGCUCCUCUCCUGCGGAGAGGAAUUGGGCCGUCCACGAGGGUGUACAUACGAAGAAGCGUAACCGGCUUGAGUUCGCGAAGGUCGCGAAGUUGGUUGAGAUCUCAGCCAACGUGCGCCUUCUCUCUCAUCAGCGGGCAGACCGCGGGUUCGCGCUGCUGUGGACUCUAGAUGAGUCGUUGUUGGACGUGGAGGGAGGUAUCGGGAUUCGCCCCUCGUGGAAGGGGACUGACGAGAGCAAGACGCGGGAGGAGGUCGAGGAUCAGAGACGCUCAUGGCGGCGAGACCCUUGUGGGUCCAGAGCUCCUCCGGGUGAUUUGGGCGAUGUUUUUGGGACUCAAGCCGCCACAUUGCACCCGUACCCUCGAGACGUUAGUGAUUCCAAGGAUCACGAGGACGAGCCGGCAGGCCCCGCUACCGCCACUUCUGCGGCGGAAGAGUGUAAUGAGUGGAGCAACCCAGAGGACGUUCGUAGACGGAGUGGCGGAGAUGACCUUUUCGUUCGAGUUGAUUUGGAGGAGUCUAGGGGUCGUCAUGGGAGCCCUUUAGAGCGCCCGAGGCCUCCGUCUGCUGAGCGCGAGAGAGAUCCUGGGUCUGCACCUUCGAGGGGGGCAAAGUCGGGGAUUGGCCAUCAUCCUCUGGGUCGCUCUGGCAUGGCAUCAUCCACCGCUCUUCCCACUUCGACGGAGCAGCUUCAUCGACAGCCAGCCGGUGCAGAUCGAUUGCAGAGAUUGGUGAGGGACCCGAGACAGCGAUUGGAGGACAGAUUAGAGGGCGGUCCUAUGUCGGCGCAAGGUGACGUCGGAGACACACAGGGGUUGGUUGGUGGAGAUGGUGGUGCGUUGGCCGGAGGUGGAGGCGGUGCCGAGGUUGAUGCGGCGGUUGAGGGGAUACCGAUGGGCGGCGGAGGCGGUUUCAGCGRGKUUGGKGRSAUGGGUAUGCCCCCGGKAGAGAACGUGGGUCUGGCCCGAGGAGAGAGCGAGUCCCGUGGGGACAUCAGUGUGGGUAUGCAGGACUUACUGGGACAGAUCAGCUUUACGGAUCCGAAUAGUUUCUCCCCUGCCAUGUGCGCAGAGGUGAUGUUGGGGGCAGAGGGAGAUGAGGACCGAACACCCCCUAGAGAGACAUCUGCAAAGAGGCUGGACAGGCUUGAUAGUCGUCGAGCUUGCCUCAUGGCACAGAGGGACCCCAGGACGCAGGAGCUCCCUCGUCUUGCGGCGGAGGACCAACAGAGGCAGCUGGGGACAUUCACGCCGGCGUCCGUUGACGUGGGGCCAGCUGCCCACACGGAUCCUCCGGCAGAGGAGCCACGUUCGGAGCCGGCGCAGCCUCCUGCCGUCCAGCUGAGGCCCGAGGAGACAUUGCACGAGGUCGCGGGCGUGCCUCUACCCGUGGGUUCAGUUAAGGGUGCCAUGCAUAUGUCCCCGGGUCUGGAGGACAUACAGACGGGGCAGUCAGUGGGCGUUAAUGAUAUUCGCCAAUCGGCACAGGCGGAGGGGAUAGCGCCGACCACCGGGGGGGACGGGGCCGUAGAGGGGGCCGUUGGUGUUGGUGGGUCGCGGGUGCCGUCCGCGGCCGAUCCGAUGUCCACGUCUGGCGGGGGAGACCCCGCACAGGUGGACAGGCGUGACGCGAACGGACAGGAGAUGCCACAGACUUUGGUGGUUCACACUGCUGUGGGGCUAGCGGUGCCACAUCAGACACCAUUUUUGGAGGGUUAUAGGCCCCCGGAGGAGGGGAAGCUGCCUCACUUGCAGGACUUGUCUUGGGGGCCAGCCAGCCCCAGCUUACCUUCUGGGUGUUCCAUCGCAGCGCCAUCUGGCGGGGCUGCAGGGGACUUACGUUCUGGAGGUUCCGUCGCAGCGGCAUCUGGCGGGGCCACAGGGGACUUACCUUCUGGAGGUUCGGUCGCAGCGCCAUCUGGAGGCACCGCAGGCCCUUCGUCACCCUUGACCGCAGCUCCGAGGGAGGGCGGCAGUCUCACACCGAGGUCGGUUGCCCGUAGACGGAGAGACACUAUUCAACGUGCGCGGGACUUGUUGGACACCAUGUUGUUCGGUCGCACUAAUCGACUAUGGAGUGAGACGAGACGGGUGACGACGGCGAGUGCUGGUCGUCAAGGGUUUCCACGAGCGCGAGACGCCGAGAUGUUAUAGCUUCAAGGUUUGGCGGUAGAGGGGGCGGCGGCGGUGGCAGUGGUGGCGAGGGCGCCGGUCGACGUGAGGGCGCAGGCGGUGCCACUACGA